AUGUCUCCCUUAGGCUCUGUGGCCCUCAAUGGGUCGACGGCCUCGUCGACCAAGAAGGUCGCCUACUUUUACGAUUCCGACAUUGGAAAUUACGCCUACCCGACCGGCCAUCCCAUGAAGCCCCAUCGUAUUAGGCUUGCUCACAGCUUGAUCAUGCAUUACAACUUGUUCAAGAAGAUGGAGAUCUACCGCGCGAAGCCGGCAACCCGCGGCGAGAUGACGCAGUUCCACACGGACGAGUACAUCGACUUUCUCCAAAAGGUCACGCCCGACAAUAUGGAUCAGUACCAAAAGGAGCAGAGCAAGUUCAACGUCGGCGACGAUUGUCCCGUGUUCGACGGUCUCUUCGAAUUCUGCGGCAUCAGCGCUGGCGGCAGCAUGGAGGGCGCUGCGCGCCUCAACCGCCAAAAGUGCGACGUCGCCAUCAACUGGGCCGGUGGCCUGCACCACGCCAAGAAAAGCGAGGGUAGCGGCUUCUGCUACGUCAAUGACAUUGUGCUAGGCAUCAUCGAGCUCCUGCGUUUCAUGAAGCGCGUCCUAUACAUCGACAUUGACGUUCACCACGGUGACGGUGUCGAGGAGGCCUUUUACACCACUGACCGCGUCAUGACGGUCUCCUUCCACAAGUACGGCGAGUACUUCCCCGGCACCGGCGAGCUCCGCGACAUCGGUAUCGGCCCGGGCAAAUACUACUCGGUCAACUUCCCCCUGCGAGACGGCAUCAACGAUCAGUCGUACAAGUCGAUCUUCGAGCCUGUCAUCGAGCACGUCAUGAAGUUCUACCAGCCCGAGGCUGUUGUUCUGCAGUGCGGUGGCGACAGUCUCUCCGGCGAUCGUCUCGGUUGCUUCAACCUCAGCAUGGAGGGCCAUGCCAACUGCGUCUCGUACGUCAAGAGCUUCGGCCUUCCUACCCUGGUACUCGGCGGCGGUGGCUACACCAUGCGCAACGUUGCCCGCACGUGGGCCUUUGAGACUGGUGUCCUGGUUGGUCAGCACAUGGAGCGCCAGCUCCCGUACAAUGAAUAUUACGAAUACUACGCCCCCGAUUUCGAUCUCGAUGUCCGGCCUUCCAACAUGGAGAAUUCCAAUAGCGCAGAGUAUCUCGAGAAGGUUAAGGCCGCCCUCAUCGAUAACCUCCGACACACAGCCCCCGCUCCCUCUGUCCAGAUGCAAGAUGUGCCCCGUCAACCCUUUGGCGGCAUGACGGAAGAAGAGGAGGCUGAACUCAACGACCUGGACGAGGAUGAGAACGCUGAUACCCGUAUGACGCAAGAUCGUUGGGACAAGCGCGUGCAGAACGACGCCGAAUUUGAAGAGAGCGAAGACGAAGACAUGGACGCUGCCAACGGCAUGACGCGACCUCGUGGAGCAAAGAAGCGCGCCUUCAACGACUUUUCAAAGGGCGAGGAGGAGGCCAACAGCACCGCCCCAACCCCUGUCAACGGAACGAGUGCUGAGGAAACUGCUGAUGCUGAACCCAUCGAGGAUGCCGAUGUGACCAUUGAAAAGCCCGCCGAGGAGGACGAACCUGUGGAGAAGGAGGCAGCUGCCGAGAAGGAGGCGACGCCAAAAGAGGACCAGCCAGCAGUGGAUGGAGACGGUGAUGUCGGCAUGGACGAUACGGCCGAUGCUGCGGAGACGACCACGAUCAAGAAGGAGGAUGUCGAGCCCGAGGCGGCCGCCGAGACAGAACAGACCAGCAAGCCGGCGUCACGCAAGGCCACGCCCGAGAAAGCUCCUGCUCCUGCUACCGAGGAACCCACCAAGGAGGCCGAAUCCAAGACUGAGCCCGAGACGACUGCACCCGAGUCUGAGAAGACAGACGAAGCGCCCAAGGAGGACGAGGCGGCCGACAAGAUGGACGUGGACGAGGAGCCUGCCAAGGAAUCCAAGGCCGGCGAGUCGUAG